AUGUGCAGGGUUCCUAGUGGGCCGUCAGGCCCAGCAAACUCGGCAGGUUCCGGCAAUGGUAGUUUCCAGAGGCCUAGGCAGCCUGAAAGACCCAGGCAGCUGUUUUCUGGGCGGUCCGGCUCUUCAGGGGUGGCGCAAGAGGGAUCGGGACACGUGGAAAGCACAAACGGUGUACGGAGGCUGCGUGAAUUUUUCAGUGGGGACCGGAUUCCGGAAGGUUUUACCCUAAUCAGCCACCGGUCGGCCCCAAAUGGGUUCAAAGUGGCAAUCGUGCUAUCCGAGUUGGGCUACAAGUACGACACAAUCCUCUUGGAUUUUGCCAACGGUGACCAGAAGUCGCCGGAGUUCCUCUCGAUCAAUCCAAAUGGUCGGGUGCCGGCAUUAAUCGACCACACGAACCCGGAGCAGUCGGUCACGCUUUGGGAGUCCGGGUCAAUCAUUCUGUAUCUUGUGGAGAAGAAAACGCGCGAGGAGGGCAUUUGCCCAUCAAUAUGGACGGAAAACCUGGUGGAGCAAUCACAAAUCAUGUCGUGGCUCUUUUUCCAGACAUCGGGCCACUCUCCUAUGAUUGGCCAGGCACUCCACUUCAAGUAUUUCCACUCGAUGAGUGUGCCGUCGGCAAUCCAGCGGUAUACAGAUGAGGUGCGCCGUGUGUACGGCGUGCUUGAGGUGGCGCUUUCGGAAAAACGCGAGGCGCUAAUCAUGGAGUUGGACCGCGAAAACGCGGCGUCCUACUCCGCAGGCCUCACUCCCAUGUCCCAAAGUAGAUACUUCGACACGCCUGUUUGGCUGGUUGGCGAACGUGCAACCAUUGCCGAUUUGUGCUUUGUGACGUGGAAUUAUGUAGUUGACCGCAUCGGGAUCGACCUCAAGGCGGAGUUCCCCGAGGUUUACAAAUGGACGAAACACGUGAUGCAGCGGCCUGCUGUAAUGCGGGCUUUGAAGUGGAGCGGGGAUCAGUGA